AUGACCGCUGGUAAACCUAUCAAAUGUAUCGCAGCCGUGGCAUACGAAGCCGGAAAACCACUCACCGUUGAAGAGAUCACAGUGGAUCCCCCCAAAGCGCACGAAGUUAGAGUCAAAAUAGAUUACACUGCUGUUUGCCACACCGAUGCGUACACUUUAAGCGGAGUGGACCCAGAAGGCGCUUUUCCCGCGAUUCUGGGCCACGAAGGUGCCGGGAUCGUCGAGUCUGUCGGUGAAAGUGUUACAAACGUCAAGCCUGGUGACCACGUUAUCGCGUUGUAUACUGCUGAGUGCCAAAAAUGCAAAUUUUGCACCUCUAAUAAGACCAAUCUCUGCAGCUCCGUGCGGGCCACGCAGGGCAAGGGCGUGAUGCCUGAUGGGACGUCGAGAUUCCAUAAUGCUAAGGGCGAAGACCUGCUGCAUUUCAUGGGAUGCUCCACAUUCUCGAGAUACACCGUGCUGGCGGACGUCUCCGUUGUCGCAAUCGAUCCCAAAGCUCCCCUAGAAAAGGUGUGUUUGCUCGGGUGCGGUGUGACUACAGGGUACGGUGCAGCUGUUAAGACUGCGAAUGUUCAAAAAGGCGACACUGUUGCCGUUUUUGGCGCAGGCACUGUAGGCCUUUCCGUUGUUCAGGGCGCGAAGGUAAGAGGUUGCUCUAAAAUCAUAGUGGUCGAUAUUAACGACGACAAAAAAACCUGGGCAUCCGAGUUUGGAGCCACUGACUUUAUCAAUCCCAUGAAGGAUCUCAAGAAAGGAGAGACUAUUGUCGACAAACUGGUUGAAAUCACCGAUGGUGGAUUAGAUUUCACGUUCGACUGCACCGGAAACGUCAACGUGAUGAGAGACGCUCUAGAGGCGUGUCACAAGGGCUGGGGCCAGUCUAUCAUCAUUGGUGUCGCAGCCGCGGGUAAAGAAAUUUCUACUAGACCCUUCCAGCUAGUCACAGGCAGGGUGUGGAAGGGAUCAGCCUUCGGCGGGAUCAAGGGCAGAUCCGAAAUGAACGGAUUGAUCUCCGACUAUUUCGAUGGUAAACUAAAGGUUGAUGAAUUCAUUACACAUAGGCGUGGAUUUACUGAGAUCAACGAUGCAUUUGAAGAUCUCCACCAUGGCGACUGUCUGAGGACGGUCCUAGACUUAUCGAAAUAG